CGUGGAUUCAGAGCAGGACGGCCAGCUGGCCAGGCGGUGGAUUUGCGGUCUCCUCAACCCGUUGGGCCAUGGUGGCAGCUCCUUCCAGCUGAAAGGGCAAAUGAAUACCGAGAAGUACCGGAAGUUCCUGGAUGGGCUCAACAACCUGAAAGAUGAACGGGACCGGGUCCAGAAAAAGACCUUCACGAAAUGGGUGAAUAAGCACCUGAUGAAGGUGCGCAAGCAUGUCAAUGACCUCUACGAGGACCUGCGAGAUGGUCACAAUCUCAUCUCUCUGCUGGAGGUUCUUUCAGGUGUCAAGCUGGUGAGUUUCCAAGAUGCCACAAUUGAAGCAGUUUUCCCAGGGCCACAUUAAGGCCAAGCAAUGCCCUAAGCACAACUCAACAAUGGUGCCCCUCGACAGUCACACCAUGAGAUGGAAAUAAAUGUGAUUUCUGACAUCACCUUC